AUGGAAAGCAUAACAGAGAAGGACAUAUUUCUUUCUGACUUAAACAAUGGAAAAGCAAAGGAGACACAUUUAUCAGCUGAAAAAAGUAAACGAUCGAAACUAUGGCGCACAUUUAUCAAUAUCAAGACGUUUGCUAUUAUCGCUGGUGUAGCUAAUAUACCUGUCUAUUCUGCAUCUCUUUUGUUAAGUUCGCAGUUGACUUCAAUUGAAAAACACUUCGGCAUAAGCAGCAGCAAAUCUGCCGGGUUAAUAAGUGCAAACGAGAUUGGAUUCCUAAUUACAGUGCUUCCGUUUGGUUACGUGUUCAAAGAUAGUAAUAAACCGUUCAUUUUGGCCAUUGCUAAUAUUGGAAGUGCUAUCGCUUGUUUUGUAUGUACGCUUCCGUAUUUCUUUCUUCAAGUGCCGGAAACCAAUCAAAAUUGGAAUGCAACAAGCGCCAGUUCCUUGGCACCUCUCCUUCCGUGUAUGAAUAUUAAUGCUUCCGGCCAUGCGAACAGUACGUGUACGACGGAGAAAGGAGAGACUCGAUCGGCUACAGCUGCUUACGCGUUGAUAUUUAUUGGAAUGAUUUUGGGUGGUAUCUGCAAAGCUGUCAGGUCUCCUUUAAUUGCCUGCUAUAUAGAUGACAAUAUAAACAAAGCUUACAUCGGUGGAUACAUGAGUGAGUGUUUGUCUUUAUAA